UUUCAUCAAUAUUUUGCUUGACUGUUGUCACUUUUUCCCAAAAGUUUUCGCCAAAAAUUAUUUCAAUGUUUGCUCGUAUGGCAUUCAAAUAAAGUGGGCUUUUAGUAAUUGUUUUAAAUUCUCAUCGUAGGCUUAAACUGGUUCUCUCAUUAUACAACAUCGAAGCAUCACAAUGGAUACUACGUCCUGUGACUUAGGCUCUGAACAAACCUCAUACGUUCUAUUUAAACAGGAAAGUUUAUUUGAGGAAAGUUUUCCUCUGAUGAAAGAAAUCCGCAGGCAGGGAAAACUAUGCGAUGUUACUCUCAAGGUGGAUAAUCAUUCCUUUUCUGCACAUCGUAUCGUUCUGGCUGCCACCAUUCCCUACUUCUAUGCAAUGUUCACUCACAAUAUGGCUGAGAGCCGAAUUAAGGAGAUUACCAUGAAAGAAAUAGAACCCCACGCCUUGGAAAGCUUGAUAAAUUUUGCGUAUAGCGGUGUGGUUAAAAUAGAUAAUCAGAACGUUCAGGGCCUGAUGAUGGGCGCCUCCUUCCUGCAAUUGAAUAACGUACGUGAUGCGUGUGCAGAUUUUCUGAAGAACAGGUUCCACCCUCAAAAUGUUUUGGGAAUUCGGCACUUUGCCGACACUCUCGGAUGUACGCAGUUGGUAACCUCGGCAGAUCGUUAUAUCCAUCAGUAUUUUUCAAAGGUAGCCUUCUCGGACGAAUUUUUGGCAUUAGGCUAUGAUGAGUUGAUCGAAAUUGUACGCCGUGAUGAACUCAAUGUUCCCAGCGAAGAACGCAUAUUUGAAGCGUGCCUGAAAUGGGUAAAAUCUGACCAGGAAAAUAGGUCAACUUAUCUUCCGAACAUUUUGGCGAACAUUCGCUUGCCCUUGUUGUCUCCUCAGUACUUGGCUGACAACGUAGCUACGGAAGAACUGAUUCGCACAUCUCACAAGUGUAGAGAUCUCCUGGACGAGGCUCGUGAUUUUCAUUUGAUGCCAGAAAGACGUGCACUGGUAUCAGCUUGCCGAACUAGACCUCGUUGCUGUGAUUACGUGAUGGGCCAGAUCUAUGCUGUGGGAGGUCUUACCAAAAACGGUGAAUCUGUAAGCACAGUUGAGAUUUACGAUCCAGCAACGAAGGAAUGGAGAAUGGGCGAGGCUAUGUCAAUGCUAAGAUCGAGAGUCGGUGUUGCCGUUAUGGAUGGAAAAUUGUAUGCGUUUGGUGGCUUUAAUGGGACUGAAAGGUUAUCCACAGUGGAAGUGUACGAUCCCAUGGUGAAAAAGUGGACUCAAGGCAAAGCAAUGAGGUGCAAACGAAGUGCAGUUGGAGUUGCUGCUCUGGACGAUUUAGUCUACGUUUGCGGAGGCUAUGAUGGGGUAACCAGUUUGAACACGGUCGAAUGCUAUUCGCCCAAGACCGAUUCUUGGACAACAGUUGCACCAAUGAUGAAAUACAGAUCUGCAGGCGGAGUUGCUCCUUUAGGAGGGUUCGUUUAUGCUCUGGGCGGUCAUGAUGGUUUAUCUAUUUUUGAUUCGGUGGAGCGUUACGACAUCGCAACAAACACUUGGACAAAGGUUCGCUCCAUGCUUAACCGUCGAUGUCGUUUAGGAGUGGCCACUCUAGGAGGAAAACUGUAUGCCUGUGGUGGGUACGAUGGCAGCUGUUUUCUCCGUUCCGUUGAGGUUUACACCCCAGAAAAAGAUCAGUGGCAAUUGAUUGCUCCAAUGAACGUAAAGAGAAGUCGAGUUGCAUUAGCAGCGAAUAUGGGAAAACUCUGGGCUAUUGGUGGAUAUGACGGAGAAUCAAAUUUAUCAACAGUUGAGGUUUACGAUCCAAAGACCGACACUUGGACCUUUGUUGCCCCGAUGAGACACCAUGGUGGUGGGGUAGGUGCUGGCGUUAUUCCAAACAUCAUCAAAUAGAGGACUACUGCUUCCCGAUGGCUUUUGGAAAAAAAUAUUGAUAGCUUUUUUAUUUCAAUAGCACACUGAUGAACAACUGUUAAUCCUCAAACAGUGCACAUUCCUCAACAGUGCACGUGUCCUUCGUGUUCAUCAAAAUCUAUGCAAACCUGAUAAAAACUUUAAGCUUCAUACAAAUAUGGCAUUUAUCAAUAUUUAUCUCCGCGGUGUGUCUAUUUGUUUGUGUUGGUAGUUAAAUAUUUUUGUGCCACUGGUGUUUGUAUGCUAAAUAAUCGGGCAGUAAUGGUUCAAUAUCCUUUCCAAACAAAACAUAGUAGAUAAAUUUUCUAGUCAGAAAAGUAAUUCAUCCAGUAAAGUUAAGAUUUAGAUAUUAUUUAAUUGUUAAAAUGUUAAAAUGAAUAAAAGACUCUCUGUAAUGUU